AUGCAACCCGGGCUUUGGCUGGCGACCGGCACCUUGGCAGCAAUGCUGGGCAUGGCCCUGAUGGAAGAUGGCGUGUGUCGGGCACCGGACGGCAAGGACGGCUUCCCAGGAGUCCCUGGCCUUGAUGGGAGGCCAGGGCAGAAGGGUGAAAUGGGAGACCCAGGGAAAUCAGUGCAGAGGACGGGCAUCCAAGGACCCAAAGGGGAUGUAGGUGAGCCGGGGCCUCCUGGCAUGCCAGGGAACCAGGGCUACCAUGGCCCGUUCGGCCCCCCUGGGCUUCCAGGCCAGCCAGGGCCGAAAGGGGACAAGGGAAAAGCUGGCAAUAUCCUGGAGCAGCCACAUCCUGCCUUCUCCGCCUCACUGAAGUCCCCACGGUCCAUGGGCAGGACGGUGGUGUUCGACAACAUCAUCACCAACCAGGAGAGCUCCUACAGUCCCCAGACGGGGGAGUUCACCUGCCGCGUCCCCGGGCUCUACUACUUCACCUUCCAGGUGGUCUCCAGUGGGGACCUCUGCCUGAGCAUCACCAAGAACAUGGAGAGCAUGGUCAACUUCUGCGACUACAACAGCCGCAACCUGCUGCAGGUGAACUCGGGCAGCAGCGUGCUCAGCCUGGCCGUGGGCGAU